UACACAAAACCAGCGCAUCAGUAAAUUGAUACGAAAUACAUCGGACUGGUUGAAUGAGGACGGGCUCCAUACGUAUAUAAUGACAGGGUAGUGUGAUUUACGCACGGAUAUAUUCAGGUUUUACUUGUUUUAUUACGACAGCUCGGGAUGAGAAAUUGUAGUGGGUAAUCAGCACAUCGCUCUGGGAAUUAAAUGGAUGUUCUGUUGAAAACGGGUGCAUUUGCUGGGGAUGAGCAGAAAAUCGGAUUCCCACCCAGAGAGGAUGCUCUGAAAACGGAAACAUCACGAAUCAUUUUGGAAUAAUUCUGAUAGAAGGAUAAAUGGUGCUCUGUGCGUUUGUCCGGGAGACCUUAAAAAGGACUAGAAAGAGUGGUAAACAGUCAGGAAAGCUGCCAGUAUGCUAUGAGAUCGUGACUUUGUCCUUGAAGAAGAAGAUGGCUGCAGAACUGUAUCCUGCAAGCAUAAACACCAACCUCCCGAACAGCAACGGCACCGCAGUGACUGCUGCCAGUAAGAAGACUAUCGUUCAAGUGACCGAGACUGUAACCACACCGACCACCACUACCACUCAACAGAAUAUCAAUAACAACAACGUCGAGACUGCCAGCUGGCAGUCAACUCACCCGACAUUACGAGAAAGGAAUGCUUUGAUGUUCAACAACGAACUCAUGGCAGAUGUUCACUUUAUUGUUGGACCCCCCGGUGAAUCACAGAAAGUUCCAGCGCACAAGUAUGUUUUGGCGGUGGGCAGCUCUGUUUUCGGCGCCAUGUUCUAUGGCGACCUGGCAGAGGGGGAAUCUGAAAUCCACAUCCCAGAUGUGGAGCCUGCUGCUUUUUUAAUCCUGUUAAAGUACAUGUACAGUGAUGAGAUUGAACUGGAGGCCGACACAGUGCUGGCCACUCUGUACGCCGCCAAAAAGUAUAUAGUGCCUGCCCUGGCCAAGGCCUGUGUCACCUUCCUGGAGACGAGCCUGGAGGCCAAGAACGCCUGUGUGCUGCUGUCCCAGAGUCGCCUGUUCGAAGAGCCUGAGCUCACACAGCGCUGCUGGGAGGUGAUUGACGCCCAAGCAGAGUUGGCGCUCUGCUCGGAAGGCUUCUGCGAGAUCGACCUGCAGACGCUGGACAUCAUUCUGCGACGUGAGACGCUCAACACGCGCGAGGCCGUGGUCUUCCAGGCCGUCCUGGACUGGGCGGUGGCCGAGUGCAAGCGUCAGGGCUUGGGCCCGACGGCCCGCAACAAGCGGGCGGUGCUGGGCAAGGCGCUGUACCUGGUGCGCGUGCCCACGAUGACCCUGGAGGAGUUCGCCGACGGCGCCGCGCAGUCAGACGUGCUGACGCUGGAGGAGACGCAUGACAUCUUCCUGUGGUACACGGCGGCCAACAAGCCCAAGCUGGAGUUCCCGCUGGUGCAGCGGAAAGGCCUGGCGCCACAACGCUGCCACCGCUUCCAGUCGUCGGCGUACCGCAGCAACCAAUGGCGCUACCGGGGCCGCUGCGACAGCAUCCAGUUCGCUGUGGACAAGCGCAUCUUCAUCGCCGGCCUGGGCCUGUACGGCUCGAGCGGCGGCAAGGCCGAGUACAGCGUCAAGAUCGAACUCAAGCGCCAGGGCAUCACCCUUGCGCAAAACUUGACCAAGUUCGUGUCGGACGGCUCCAGCAGCACAUUCUCGGUGUGGUUCGAGCACCCGGUGCAGGUCGAGCAGGACGCCUUCUACACAGUGAGCGCGGUGCUGGACGGGAACGAGCUCAGCUACUUCGGACAGGAGGGCAUGACGGAGGUCCAGUGUGGGAAAGUGACAUUCCAGUUCCAGUGCUCCUCGGACAGCACCAAUGGGACUGGGGUUCAGGGGGGGCAGAUUCCAGAGCUGGUCUUCUACGCAUGAGGUGUGGAGGGGCAGUGGGUUUGGCGGGGUAUUCAUUCAAAAGUGCAUUCCACCCCUGAAAUUGUUUUGGGGGGGUCGACCAGAGUUGGGGUGCGUAAUGUUAGGACCUGUGAGGGUUCUUGCCUUCUUUUACAAUGUAGCCGUGGAAGACUAUUUCCAGGAAGUUGUUUAGUCUGUUGAAAGACUGUUGUCUUGAUGAUUUUGAGUGAAGGAGUGUGCUUCAGCUUUAUUUAUUUAAAAAAUAAGUAUAUAUUUGACUUAAUUAUUGAUGCUGCACCAUGCAGACUUUAUAUAUAUAUAUAUAUAUAUAUAUAACCAUAUAUAUAUAUAUAUAUAUAAAUAUAAAAAAAAAAAUAUAUAUAUAUAUAUAUACAAACUAUGAUUAGAUGUAAUGCACUUCUAGUGGACAACAACCACUAGUGUGUUGUGUUUUGUACAUAAGUUGAGGCUAACUUGUUUACAGCUUGAGGCUGACUGACAAUUGAAAUGUCUUGUAUUAGUGUGCAGCUUCACAAACUGCAGAUCAUAAAAGUUUUUUUUGUGACUCUGA